AUGAGUACGGUCGCUCUGUCUCCAGUUACCCCUGAACUCCCGUCUCCCAUGGCAACCUCUGCAAACCUGUGUGACCCCUGUGAUGAGAUGGACCCGGGUCUGGACCACGAUCAAAACCAGGACCAGGAUUUGGACCAGGGAUCCUCAGUGCGACAGGGAGCCAGCAGAGGCACCACCACUGGACAUGACUCUAAAAGGUGUCAGAAGCCCCCUCCUCUGCACACUGGAGCUGACUGGAAGGUGGUUCUUCAUUUACCCGAGAUCGAGAAGUGGCUCAGGGCUUCAGGAGAAAGGGUCACUCAGCUCUCCCACUCUGUGUCCCAGGACAGAGAGGGGAGACACGUUGACGCUCACCUGUUACAGCUAAAGGACAUCUGUGAGGACAUCUCAGACCAUGUGGAGCAGAUCCACGCUCUGUUGGAGACAGAGUUCUCCCUAAAGCUUCUGUCCUACUCCGUCAACAUCAUCGUAGACAUCAGGAGUGUGCAGCUGCUGUGGCACCAGCUCAGAGUCUCAGUCCUGGUUCUAAAGGAGAGACUUCUUCAAGGUCUGCAAGACUCCAAUGGGAAUUUCACCAGACAGACCGAUAUUCUACAGGCUUUUAACCAACACAGCCAGACUCGUUUGGAGGACCUGACGGAGGUGGACGACUGUGGAGCUCUGACCAUUCGCUGUAGUCAGGACUAUUUCUCUCUAGACUGUGGCAUCACUGCAUUUGAACUGAGCGACUACAGCCCCAGUGACGAAACACGUGAAGAAAACCAGCUUAAAGAGGGGCCAAAUGAACCACAAGACUCCGAAUUCCAUCAAGAAAAUACAGACAAAAGGGACGCAUCGGGACAGGAGGAUAAACUAUCAUCAACAUUACACUGCAGCAAUGAGAGGGUGAAAAGAAGCCAUAGCACAGAGGCCUCGCCCACCCAUCAGUCUCAACCCAAAAGAGCAGCUCUGGUCUCAGAUCCAGACCAGGGGGAGUCCAGAGGAGCAGACCCCAAAACAACACACCAAACUCGGGUUGAGGUCAGCCACAGUCCCUCUUCUUCCAUGGAGACUCCGGACAGGGACGGGUUCUGGUUGGAGCUGGAUGAGGUUUACUCACAGAACAAGCUCACGAUCGCACCCCUCCAGAGUCGCACCAGCUCCACAGGGGUCUCACAGCCGGCUCCACCCGACAGUAGGAGCUCAUCUGCGGGAACAGGGAGCUCGGACAGCCCCCUGUGUGCUGUGGAUGAAGUGGAGGGGAGGCAGUCUCACGCCCAGAGCAGGGGGGAGUCGAUGGGGGAGUCAGACUCCCCUCUGCCCUCCCCCACUGCGGGUCAAACCUCCUCAGACCUAGAGGCAUCAGCGGAGGAGUCUAGACCAUCCAGCUCUGAGCCCUGGGUCUACAGGAGCAAAGCCAACCAGAGCGUCCAUGGUUCCUCUCAGCUCAGCCCUCAUCGGCAGCACUGGUUUGGGUCAGAGGAGUUCUUAGCUCUUCCGGCUCAGCUGCGGAAAACUGAGAUUCUCACCAUGAAUCUAGAGACUCUGGCCAAGUCCAUGCCUCUGGGCUCAAAGAUGGGCGAUCCUUCCCAUGAUGCUUUGCAAGAUGUGGAUGACUGGGAUCUGACAGAAUUGAACCAGGAUCUAAACCAGGACCUGAACUCGGACUGGGAGAGCCUGGACACCGGAGCAGAGACUGGGAGCAGCGUGGAGGAGAGCGAGGAUCCGUCUCCUUUGCCCAGACAACAGCUCCCACUGAGACGUCAGCUCCUCCCCCCUCGUUUUAGCCCCUCCUCCUCCAGCGAUGCUGCUCCCUCAUUGGACGAGAGCCUUGAAUCUGGACGAAUCAGUGAUCUGCAUUCAGAAGAGGAGGCGGGGACAGUGGACAGAGGGGUCACAGCGCCCCCUACAGACGGAGCAGGAAGAAGCGCUUUGGUCCAAAAACUACUACAGCACAUUCAAAUCCCUGAACAGGACCCACGAGUCUGGAGCAGAAUGGAGUCUCUCGUGCAGAAGUUGGAUGGGUUGAUCUCAUGGCUUCAGGAUUCACUGGACAGCACCGAAAACUGGACCCAACCCAGACAAGACCUGGAGAGCCUCAAAGCGUACUUGUCCACUCACCUGAGUUUUAAGCUGAACGUGGACAGUCGCUCUGCUCUCAAAGACGACAUUAUGGAGGAGGGACGCGCUCUGCUCUGCUGCAUCUCCUCCCACCACUCAGCUCUCAGAGACAUCCUCCACAUGGUCUCUGUCCAAUGGGAGCAGCUCCAGAGACAGAUCCGACGACAACACGGGUGGAUGCUCCGAGCCCUGCGCUGCAUACAGGCCCGCCUCUUCUACCAGCUCGACCAAUCACAUGAGACUAUCUCUGUGUCGACCGUCCCCUCCACCAAUCAGAAGACAGCUCAGUCCAGCGAGGUCCUCAGGCCGCUCACAUCUGCCACACUGCCCCCCGGGGGUCUGCUGUGUCUCUGCGGAGAACACAGCCCACAAAAGCAGCUCUGA